AUGUUGGUAACAAAUAAUCAACCGUCAAUACAACAGAAAGAGGUAACCGAAGCAAUUAGAUUAGUAACAAUUGAUGCACAGGGGAUUGCUGAUUGGGCUAAAGAUCAUGGAUUACAGGUAAACUUAAAUAAAACAAAAUCUUUGAUAAUAGGGUCAAACAGUAAACUAAAAUCAUUAAACAUUGACUCGCUACCACCCAUUAUUAUCAACAAUGUUCCUUUACCGUAUGUAAGCCAAACAAAAUGUCUGGGCUUAUCGUUAAACAAUGAUCUCUUAUGGAAAAAUUAUGUUUCACAAACUGUUAGAAAAGUGAAUGCUGCUCUAUAUACAUUAAAAAGUCGGAAGAAUAUUUAUACUACUGCUAUCAGAAAACUUCUAGUCACUGCAACUAUUCUUCCUCUUAUUGAUUAUUGUACUGUAGUGCUUAUUGAUGCCACAGCUGACAAUAAUCUAAAAUUACAGCGAGCAUUAAAUAGUUCAAUACGAUUUAUUUAUAAUCUAAAGAGAGAUGAACAUAUUACUCCAUACAGACGAAAACCUAGUUACCUUAGGGAAUUAUUUGUUGAAGAUGAAGCUAGACGUUCUGAAAGAUUAGCUAUAAAAACAAAUAAUUUAUACUACGAGAUGUUUGCUGAAAACUCAUUGACUUCUUCUUACUUGAUGGACAGUCGUGGUUGGCUGGCAGUAGUUUCAUGGGUUGGUUGGUUGUCAGUAGUUCCAUGGGUUGGUUGGUUGUCAGUAGUUCCAUGGGUUGGUAAUGGUGGAUAG